UUAUUCAUUUUCAUUAUCAACAAAUCAAGUGGAAAGAGGGGUUUGGAUUUUGGGUGAAUCCCAUCCCUCUCUCUCUCUUCUCCUUCUCCCAUCACCUGCCGCCAGCCGAUCUCUGCCAUCUCCGACCUCCCGUUUUCGCCGGAUUCUCCUCUCCGCCGUGCCGUCUGAUCCGGUCUCUGCUCCCCUCCAAAAUGAUUGAAAUCCCGUAUUUCACCGCUUUGACCACCUUCUUCAGCUACAUCCUCCUCUUUGCAUUCGGCCAAUUCCGCGACUUCUUCAGGAAAAUCUUUGAUUGGUGCCAUUCCAGCAAUCUCCAGGGAUAUGCUCCGAUCUGCUUAGGGCUUGAGGAUUUCUACACUCGUCGAUUAUAUCUUCGGAUUCAGGAUUGUUUUGGGCGACCAAUUUGUAGUCCUCCUGAUGCUUGGUUUGAUGUUGUGGAGCGAGUGUCCAAUGACAAUAAUAAAACUCUGAAGCGGACCACGAAAAUCACUAAGUGCCUUAACUUGGGAUCAUAUAAUUAUCUUGGUUUUGCUGCAUCUGAUGAAUAUUGCACUCCUCGUGUAAUUGACUCCUUGAAAAGGUUUUCGCCAAGCACUUGUAGUACCCGUGUUGAUGGAGGAACUCUGUCAUUACACACUGAAUUGGAGGAAUGUGUAGCUAAUUUUGUUGGAAAACCUGCUGCUAUAGUUUUUGGCAUGGGCUAUGUUACAAAUUCGGCUAUUCUUCCUGUGUUGAUUGGAAAGGGAGGGUUGAUAAUUAGUGAUUCUCUGAACCACAACUCUAUUGUUAAUGGAGCCCGAGGCUCUGGGGCUACUAUUCGUGUAUUCCAACAUAACACACCCUCCCAUUUGGAGAAGGUUUUGAGAGAACAAAUUGCUGAAGGGCAACCUAGGACACACAGGCCAUGGAAGAAGAUCAUUGUUGUAGUGGAGGGCAUAUACAGCAUGGAAGGCGAACUUUGCAAUCUUCCAGAGAUUGUUGCCAUAUGCAAAAAAUACAAGGCAUAUGUUUAUUUGGAUGAGGCCCAUAGCAUUGGAGCAAUUGGCAAAACUGGGAGGGGUGUCUGUGAGCUCUUAGGAGUUGACACUGCAGAUGUGGAUAUCAUGAUGGGAACUUUCACAAAAUCGUUUGGAUCAUGUGGCGGUUAUAUUGCAGGAUCCAAGGAAUUGAUUCAAUAUCUGAAGUACACAUGCCCUGCUCAUCUAUAUGCAACAUCAAUAUCACCUCCUGCUGCCCAACAAAUUAUUUCUGCCAUAAAAGUUAUUCUUGGAGAAGAUGGCUCUAGUAGGGGGGCUGAAAAACUAGCACGAAUACGUGAGAACAGCAACUUUUUCCGCUCAGAACUGCAGAAAAUGGGCUUCGAGGUCCUGGGAGAUAACGACUCCCCUGUGAUGCCCAUCAUGCUCUAUAAUCCUUCCAAAAUACCCGCGUUUUCACGAGAGUGUCUCAGACAGAAUGUGGCUGUGGUAACGGUUGCUUUUCCAGCAACUCCUCUACUAUUAGCCAGAGCUCGCAUAUGCAUUUCAGCUGCUCACACAAGGGAAGAUCUUAUCAAAGCAUUAGAGGUUAUCAGUAGAGUUGGCGAUCUGGUGGGCAUAAAAUACUUCCCUGCCGAGCCCAAGAAACAACAGCUAGAAGAAAACAGACUAAAGCUGGAGUGAACACACACACACAUGCACACACCAGUCUUUGUGUAGUGAGACUUAUCGGUUGAGCAGAAUGAUGUUAGAGUUGUGGUGUUGGUGUUGCUGUGUUAAUGUCACUGCCUUACACGGAGCCAUAUUUAUUGUUAGGUAAUUGUGAUGUUAAGAUUUGUCAAAUUUUGUGUACAGGAAAGUUGUAAUUUAUGCUUACACUCCAGUUUUAUUCUCACAACUUUUAACUUUCUUGAUUCUGAUUUUGACAUUCAGUAAGAAAGGGGGAAGACUAGGAUUGAUGAAAUAUAAUAAAGGAUAACAUGACUUCUUUGUA